AUGGCGACAUUCUCUCCCUCUCCGGCGCCGCGCCGUUCCUCGCGGUUGAACCGAGGCGCCUCGCCGACACGAAGAAACCAACGGCUCGCACAGACACCGACAUUCAUAACAGACACAAGUUCGGUCGCGUCUGCCAUGGAUAUUGACGAGCGGGCGUCGAUCAUGACGGACAGGAGCCUCUCCAGGAUUGGAGGGGAUGUGCUGUUUGCGAAGACGGAUGAGAUGUCGGUUUUGUUCUAUGCGAACCUGCCAUUGGAAGUCAAGCAAGUCCUUCGGACGUCGGACUUCAACAUCGAUCAGUACUCUGGUGAAAUUGAUACAGUAACAGGAUUCGCGCUUGUCACUUCUGUUCAUACGUGUUUUGUUUGGCAGCACGCGCAGGCGAUCAAAGGCAUUCCAACAUGCUACAUCUUCUCAUGUCCGAAAGAUUCUUCGCUUCGACCACCGUUCCAUGCGCUGGUGCCGCAAGGGCCUUCCCGUGAACCAGGACUCGUUCUAGUUUCACCCAGUGGCAAAAUACGCUUCUGGGAUAGUAUUGGGAUUGGAUUGGCUGGGGGGGAGAACUUCAAUGCUAGUCAACUUGAUGAUAUGGAGUACGAUGAGGAGGUAACGAAUUUAAUUCGCGCCGAUGCCCAAACUUACAUCCUCUCCACUUCGUAUGGAAGGUUGUACCGCCUGGUGCUGACAUCCACAGGAGGGAAAUUCCAUCUUACAAUACGAGGUUUUGCGCGACCCAGCUCAACAAGCUCGUUCUCUCGACUCAUCCCUUCCUUCUUCUCAUCUGGCGGCGGGGCUUCAUCGCACGGACUGAAAGAUAAAAGUAAACACAUACACGCGGUGUCAUUGGGACUGCGACACCCGGCAGGCGACAGAGAUGUGUGGGCGCUUGCGAAUGGCCAAGUUCAGCAAUGGAGCAUGAAACCCGAAGGCUGGGAGGACCUCGUAGCGGAUGUGGACUUGACCGAACUGCUUUCUGAGGAAGUACACAGGAGAUUCGACGUUGGCAACCGAGAUUCAAUUCAAGACUUGGAGUUGUCGGAUUUGGCGGUUUUCAGCGACGGAAAUGUUGCUGUUUUGGUAUCAUAUUCGGGAAGAGAGGUUUCGAACGACUUCCGGAGACUUUACGCACUGGCUGAACUCUACCCAUCCGGGUCCGGCCUUGCCGUCAAUUACCUGCAGAGUGUGCCUUACCAAACGACGAGCAAACCUGGACCUCCAGUCCAUCCUCGGAUACAGCCAAUAUACGGCGGAUCUAUCGUCAGUGUGCAAUUCGGGGAUGCUGUAGCUCUGUGUGCGCGACAGUCGGAAUACCGGGAUCGAUUAGAGUUGAAGUCGGCAAGUGACAGGACACUGGGCGUCGGUGUCAGCAGCUCAACGAAUCUGUUGCUCAUUUUGACCGCUACAACCAUGAUGAAAGUGUCCUUGGACCUCGAAAAAAUACAAGCUUUCAUUCCUGGAACUGGUCAUACCAACUUGAUCAAGUCCAUCAUGAUGCAAGCCAUUCUCUACGGCGCCUCUCCUGUGAACCCUCUUCGGUUCAGCUUUCCGCCUGAGUUGAACGAGGAGGCUCUGAUGCAAGGGGCUGAGCAACUGAGUCUUGCUGUUCUUAAAUCAGAUCCGGAAGUUGUGCGACAAAGUCCUGACAUGACCGCCCAACUGACGGGGCGGAAAGAGAGGCUUAGCUGGCUGAUCAGCUUCAUAAAUGAAAAUGUUGUACUCAUCAAGAUGUCCCAACGUAGUCGCCAACAAUUAGCCACAGACGCAGAGAAAUUGUACUCCUCCCACCAGCUGUGGUUAAAUUACAAUCAGUUCCUCUCAACAUCACCGUCGCAGAGUGUUCUGAAGGAUGCUGUAGUCGCCUUUAUGGACGAUAUCAAGGACGGGUCCCAUGAAGAUGUCAUGAGAGUUUUCUUCCGAUACUAUGUUGCCGACGUGGGCCGAUUGCUCAAAAAGGUUUCUGAUAUAGUAAACCUAGCGUCGAAGUCACCAAGUGGGAAUGUGAACGCCUUACUCCCCGAAGCGAACCGCAUCGUGGUGACGGUUCUUCGCUCCGCCUUCCAAUAUCGAGCUUACAACCUGGGUGUGUACGGCAUCGAGUUGCCCAUGAUCAAGAGCUGGACAACCGUGGAAUCAUCUGGAUCUGUGAUGCGCAGGAAAGACAAGGAGCCAAGUACACAAUUGCCAUCUCUUGCAGCAGUCCUCUUUGAAUCCAUCAAAGAGAGACUAGAUUGGCUCUCCAGUGCCGGAAAGGAACACCAACACGACGCCGAUGAGCUUCGACAAAGAUUCUCAGUGCUACGACCCGAGGUCCUUGAGACACUCCGGAGAUGCGGCCAUGAAGAGUCAGCUUACAACCUCGCUGAACAAUAUCACGAUUUCAGCACUUUGGUAGCUCUCUGCCACCGAGACGCCGUUUAUCCCCCUCAAGGCAACCCUAACGCUGAGCGGAUACGAACGUAUAUCCAUAAGUUCAAGGAGGACUUCACGACAGAGCUGUUCCAGUGGUACAUCCAGCACGGCGAAAUCCGAACAAUGUUUGAGCAAGAAGCCGAGUGUGGCCCUUACAUGGAUGCCUUCUUCCGGGAGGGACCCAACUCUGCAGUCUCGUGGAUCCAUGACCUCGGGAAAUCAAGAUUCGGAUCAGCAGCAAAUGCCUUGCUGCAUGACGCUGGACAAGCAACAAAUUUGGAAGGGAAACAUCUCAUGCUGAGUAUCGGGAAGUUGGCGUAUCUAGCACAAGUACAGGAGAACGACGUCUCAAACGAGUCCACUUUAGAUGCCUUCCACGAUGGACUAGACUUCGUCAGCGUUCAUGAGGGUCUUCUCCAAGAAUUCCGUGCCGUCCUUGUGUCCGCUCGUGCACGGCAGUCGUUAGACGGCCAAAUAGACACCAUCCUGAAGGCAAAAGGUGGCAAAGUGGCUGGAAAGCCUGCUUUUACCCAUAUCUUCAAGGAUCUUCUUCGGCAAUUGCUGCAAGGAAGGGCACUGUCAGUGGAAGAUGCCAUCGACGCCCUGACCUUGAAGGACAAUUCAUCAUCUGUGGAGGAUUAUGCGACAUCCCUGCAUCUACUAACCAAUGUUCAGGAUCUUCCUGAAGCACGCAAAGCUUCUGCUUUCCGCACAAUAUGGCGGCGAGUGUAUCUUCACGAUGAGUGGGUCGUAUUUACUUAUAUUUGUUCAAUUCCUGACAUCAAUCCGAGCUGGGAGACCUUGCAGAAGACUGCAGACAUCUCGGACGAUGAGCUGAAUCUGCGGUACCAAGGAACAGCGCUCUAUGUGACUCUUUGCUCCAUCCUCCACCGCGCCGACGGUCCCAUUGUUCAACCAAGCGAAGCCUUGAUGAUUCCUUCUCCUGAGGAGAUCACGUCGCGUUGGCCCGGCUUGUCAAUGGACCAGGUUGAAUCCCUGAUCACGGACUAUAACUCUGAGCAAGACAGGCUUGGAGAUCUGGACCUUGAUGACAUUUUUACUCGUAUUCAUGAAAUGGCAUCCCAGGAAGUGGAGUGGGAGGAGGAUUAA